UUUUUUCAGAUGGGAAAAUUAAGAUUCAGAGAAAGGAAGCGACUUAUUCAAGGUCGCACAGCUCUGAGUUCCAAUUGAUCCCCAGAGAAGGAUUAUAACUAUAGGAGUUAGGGGCUUAAUAUCUAGGGCCAGAGUCACUAUAUUCACUUCUAUAUUAUGCUCUCUUCCCCGGUUUAGGUGUUGGGCGUGUGUGUGAUCUGUGCCUCUGCGAGUGUUGGUACGUGUGAUUGGGGGCAAGGGAGUGUGAUACCACACACUGCUGUCCUUUCUCGACAGAGUCCUCUUUCCAUUCUUUCCGCAGAACUCCUCCUGCCCUCUCAGAAUCUCUCCUUUUGGGGCAGAGGGAGGGAAUUCUCCCAGAUUCCCACGGUCCAGCCUUUAGCUAGGCGCGUCUCCUUUAAGACUCGCCCUUCUCCGGGUCUGUUAAGGAGGGGCGGGGGGCGUGAUCCCACAGGCCCGCCCCUGGCUGGUGAUAGGUCGGUGGGCGGGCAGAGGCGGGUCUGGGUGGGGGAGAGGGCCGCCCCUCCUGCUCCGUACCCUCCGCCCCCCUAGUCUGGGGCUCCGGGUAAAGUUUCAGCCUCCGCACGUGACUCGCCAUGGCCGCUGCCUUCGCCCCGCGCCCCUGAGCCGCGGCCCCCCAGACUGCUCCUCUCCUGGGAUCCCGUACCCCUGACGCUUAACAGCACCGAGGCGCAGGGUCAGGGCAGACGCCGAGCCCGCGGGCGCUCUGGACGGAUUGCUUCCUCCCGCUGCGAGUGCCACAGAACAUGGCCCCCCGAGCCACCUAGCCAGGGCCCAUCUGGAAGAGGCAUCCUCUUCGGUGUCCUGAAGGCCAGCUCUGGACCUUCCCAGAAAAGUGCCAGCUCACAGAACUGCCUGACCGAAGGACCAGCUCUUGGGACCUCCCCCAACCCACGCGGCCCCCCGCUAGAGUCGGGGAUCCAGGAGGCUGAGAUUAGCCUGUUGGCCUUGGACAGAAGCUCCAGGACAGAAGGGGGGGGUGGGCUGACCACCCAGACCCCCUCUGGGCCCAGGCCCCAUGCCCCGAGGAGGGGCAGCCUGAAGCCCGUCAGAGCCUCCUGCCAGACUGUCUGCCUACCCUUCUGACUGUGGCUGCUUGGCAUGGCCAGCAACAGCAGCUCCUGCCCAACACCUGGGGGAGGGCACCUCAAUGGGUACCCGGUGCCCCCCUACGCCUUCUUCUUCCCGCCAAUGCUGGGUGGACUUUCUCCGCCAGGCGCCCUGACCACUCUCCAGCACCAGCUUCCAGUCAGCGGCUAUAGCACACCAUCCCCAGCCACCAUUGAGACCCAGAGCAGCAGUUCCGAAGAGAUAGUGCCCAGUCCUCCCUCGCCACCCCCCCUCCCCCGCAUCUACAAGCCUUGCUUUGUCUGUCAAGACAAAUCCUCAGGCUACCACUAUGGGGUCAGCGCCUGUGAGGGCUGCAAGGGCUUCUUCCGACGCAGCAUCCAGAAGAACAUGGUGUACACGUGUCACCGGGACAAGAACUGCAUCAUCAACAAGGUGACCCGGAACCGUUGCCAGUACUGCCGGCUGCAGAAGUGCUUUGAAGUGGGCAUGUCCAAGGAGUCUGUGAGGAACGACAGAAACAAGAAGAAGAAGGAGGCGCCCAAGCCUGAGUGCUCGGAGAGCUACACGCUGACGCCCGAGGUUGGGGAGCUCAUCGAGAAGGUGCGCAAAGCGCACCAGGAGACCUUCCCCGCCCUCUGCCAGCUGGGCAAAUACACUACGAACAACAGCUCAGAGCAACGUGUCUCUCUGGACAUUGACCUCUGGGACAAGUUCAGUGAACUCUCCACCAAGUGCAUCAUUAAGACUGUGGAGUUCGCCAAGCAACUGCCCGGCUUUACCACCCUCACCAUUGCCGACCAGAUCACCCUCCUCAAGGCUGCCUGCCUGGACAUCCUGAUCCUGCGGAUCUGCACGCGGUACACGCCCGAGCAGGACACAAUGACCUUCUCAGAUGGGCUGACCCUGAACCGGACCCAGAUGCACAAUGCCGGCUUCGGCCCCCUCACGGAUCUGGUCUUCGCAUUUGCCAACCAGCUGCUGCCCCUGGAGAUGGAUGAUGCUGAGACUGGUCUUCUCAGUGCCAUCUGUCUUAUCUGUGGAGACCGGCAGGACCUGGAGCAGCCAGACAGGGUGGACAUGCUUCAGGAGCCGCUGCUGGAGGCGCUGAAGGUCUAUGUGCGGAAACGGAGGCCCAGCCGCCCCCACAUGUUCCCCAAGAUGCUGAUGAAGAUCACGGACCUGCGAAGCAUCAGUGCUAAGGGGGCUGAGCGGGUGAUCACGCUGAAGAUGGAGAUCCCGGGCUCCAUGCCACCUCUCAUCCAGGAAAUGCUAGAGAACUCCGAGGGCCUGGACACUCUGAGCGGACAGCCAGGGAGCGGGGGGCGGGAUGGGGGUGGCCUGGCCCCCGCCCCCGGUAGCUGUAGCCCCAGCCUCAGCCCCAGCUCAAACAGAAGCAGCCCGGCCGCCCACUCCCCGUGACCGCCCGUGCCCCGUGGACACAGCCCUCACCCCACGCCCUGGCUUUUCUCUGCCUUUCUACCAACCAUGCGACCCCCACCAGCCCUGCCCCCCACCUGUCCUCCCUUUCCUGGGGGACAGGAGGGAGGAGGCGGCGACUCUUCAGAUGGAGGCCCAGGUGCAGAUGGACUGCCUGCUCCUGCAGCCUGGGCUGAUGUCAGGGGCAAGGUCAUGAACUGAGUGAGGACCCCUGGUCCUGGGCCUCAGGAUGGAGCCUGGGGGCCUGGUGUUCAUCAAGACAGCCCUCUGCCCCCCUUGCCACAUCUUCAUCACCAGCAAACGCCAGGACCUGGCUCCCCCAUACUCAGAACCCGCAAGCCAUUGCCCCCCGGUCGGGAACCCCCCCCUGCCUAGGUUGGUGACAGAGGGGGUGGGCCAGGGGUGGGGGGUUCCCCCUGUACAUACCCUGCCAUACCAACCCCCAGGUAUUAAUUCUCGCUGGUUUUGUUUUUAUUUUAAUUUUUUUUUGGUUUUGAUUUUUUUAAUAAGAAUUUUCAUUUUAAGCACA